GAGCGGCGGCGGCGGCUCCGCUUUGUGCCGGCGGGGCUGGGCGGGGACCGGCCGCUGGUAUUUCUCCCUGGAGAGAGAUACCGUGGUCCACCAGGAAGUAUUUCGGCCGUGCUGGGUUGUUGGCGUGGAUGAGAGGGACGAAAAACUUGCCGCAGCCGUGAUUCCUUUCAUCAGAGUUUCCGUAAAAUGGCAGUUAAUGUGUAUUCUACUUCAGUGACCAGCGAUAACUUGAGUCGACAUGACAUGCUCGCAUGGAUCAAUGAGUCUCUGCAGCUGACCCUGACAAAGAUCGAACAGCUGUGCUCAGGUGCUGCAUACUGUCAGUUUAUGGAUAUGCUCUUCCCAGGUUCUGUAGCGCUCAAGAAAGUGAAGUUUCAGGCAAAAUUGGAACAUGAGUACAUUCAAAACUUCAAGGUUCUACAAGCAGGUUUUAAACGAAUGGGUGUUGAUAAAAUAAUUCCUGUGGACAAACUAGUGAAAGGAAAAUUUCAGGACAACUUUGAAUUUGUUCAAUGGUUCAAAAAAUUUUUUGAUGCAAACUAUGAUGGGAAGGAGUAUGAUCCUGUUGCUGCUCGACAAGGCCAAGAGACAGUAGCACCAAACCUUGUUGCUCCAGUUGUGAACAAACCCAAGAAAUCUCUCAGUUCUAGCAGUGCAGCCCCCCAGAGGCCCAUUGUUACACAGAGGACCGCAGCAACUCCAAAAACUGGUAGUGGAAUGGUCAAAAAGGCUGCAGGAGAUGAUGAAUCAGCAGGAUUGAUUGAGCAGAUCAAUGUAUUGAAACUUACUGUUGAAGAUCUGGAGAAGGAGAGAGACUUCUACUUUGGCAAAUUGAGGAACAUUGAAUUGAUCUGCCAGGAAAAUGAAGGGGAGAAUGAUCCAGUGUUGCAGAGGAUUGUGGAAAUUCUUUAUGCCACAGAUGAAGGCUUUGUGAUACCUGACGAAGGAGCACCGCAGGAGGAGCAAGAAGAGUAUUAACAGACCACAUACUGUACCAGCAGAGCAGCAACAUCAGAAUUCUUUGCCCCAGAUCAUGUGCUUAACUGUAAAAUACUCCACUUUAUUCUUAGAGGACUCACUGGUUUCUUUUCAUAAGCAAAAAAGUACCUCUUCUUAAAGUGCACUUUGCGGAAGUUUCACUUUUUACAGUGGGUUUGAGUUAGGAGCUCUUUCUCACUUUGUAGCAGAGCAGUAUUCACAUCUAGGUGGUAUAUUUAGGGAGCAAGAGGCUGAAUAUUUGGAACUUGUUGCAGAAUGGUUUGCUGGUAAAACACUGGUUUGUGGGAAGACUCUUUUUGUAUCUAAGGUGGUGUGUAGUAGAGAAAUUAAAGACUCUGACUCACAGAAAGAUUGAGUUAAUGUGAAAUUGCAGCACAGAAAUUAUAAUGCCUUAAGAGUAUUUAAAAUAUGCUUCCAUAUGCCAAAUUGAAGUAAUGUGACAGGAGAUUUUAUGUGCUUCAUAUUGGGGUAGACGUUUGUUUAACUCCAUUCACUGCUGUCUGAGAGGCCUUGCAUGGCAAUCUCACUUUGUCAGCAAGUGCUCAAAAGGGGCUAUUAAAACAAAACUCCAUUCCUAUGUAAAGCUGCUUACUAAGUGAUUAGUUCUCGAUGAAAUAGGCCUUAACGUUGCCUGUCACAAGAUUAGAGGGAGUAUGAACAGCUGAGACACAUAAAUUACCUUGAAGAGUGCUAAAGCCUUUUUCUGUGGCAUUGUGGCUAAUGACUUUGCCAAAAUGUACUGUGUUUUCUGUAAGAAAAAAAAACAACAAAAAAAGGAAAGGGCAUCCAGUCUUACUGCCUAAAAUGUUCUUCAGAAGUAAUUUUCCUUCCUGGCUCUUGUUUCUAUUUGUCCUGUUUCUUUUUAUUUUUGUUGGUAUACUUUUUGGUCUCUCACUUGUUCUUUUCUCUUUCCCAUCCCAAGGAAUGCUGAUCAAAUCCAACAGUUGUAACAGGACUUGCACUGUGCAACUAUCUUAGAAUGGAAGUGAAUUGAGCACAUGAGGAUGAUAAUUUUUCUGUCUCUUUUUUCCCUUUCAAACCAGGCCAUAUCUAAUAAUAAUACUUGCCAGUUCAGUAGUCUUCUGGGGUAAAAACUAAAAGAUGCUGGCUAACAGAGCUAAUGUUAUUGCAGAAAAUACAGUACUGAGACUAACUUAAAUAUUAAUAUUUAAAGUACUUUCCUUAACUGUCCUUUUUUGCUAUCAUGCCCCUCAUUACUGUUGUGUUUGGCAAGAUCCUGCAAGACUUCUGAUCCCCCUUCACUACUGAGAUUGAUCAGUCCUGUUGUGCUUGUAUUCAUUUGUUUCUGGUGGUAGCUUGUCCUAAAAUGUGUGUAGGAGAGCAUUUUAUGGUAAUUGUUGUGUAGUGCAUGAAUCUUUGUGAAAUUCAGAGAAAAACCCAAAUUCAGUGAAUGCCAAAAAUGCAAGUAUCUAGCCAUUGUUUAAAAUUGCAGUGGUGCUAUUUCUCUUGUGGCCUUUUAGACUUUUGUUGCCCUAAAACUCCAUUUUACUGAGAAACCAUAUUUGACUUGGAUUUUUCUUGACAGGGUUUUUCUAUUUUAAGCAGUUUCUAAAUAAAGUUCUGUAUUUCAAGAGUGUCAUGUCUACUGGAGUCUCUCAUGCUUUCAGAUAUGAUUAGGCAAAGCUGAAGUUCGUGAUAGUUUUCAUGAUGAAGCUUGCAGGACCUGGAAUAUCAGCUUUCAUUCUCCAGUCCUAGCUAUAGUCAUUGCUAACUUGAGUAGCAGUAAUGUUGAAACUUUCCUUGGAGUGUGCUGGGGGAAACCAUUGCUUGAGUUUUUGGUUUGUUUGGUUUUUUAUUUUUUUUUUUUCCCCCUCCCACAAGUGGAUGAAAUGUGAGUGUAUAGUUGGUUUCCCCCUUCUAAGGGUGUGAAAAUGGGGCUGUGUAUCAGGAAUGCUGUCACAUGACUUUAAGCGUGUUUAAAGUGUUUUAAAGCUGUGAAAAUGCUGGUUAUUAGUUAUAAACAAAUGUUAACUGCAUUUGUCACCAGUCUCUAUGGGCAGAUUGACUGUAAACUUAGUUGAUUUGUUUCAUUUGAAGUGUGUUUCAUAGAAGAGCUUAAAUGUUACUGUCACAGAUGUGUGCACAGACCAGCAUCUUCAGAGAAGUACUUAUGUGACAUAUCUAACCUUGAAAUUGGAAGCGUUCCCUGCAGGGCUUCUCUAAUGUGCUGCAGAAUGCACUCCCUGCCCCCGAAGUGCUCUAUGGAUGCCUUAUUCUAAAGAACAGGCAUUGCUGGCAUUGCCUACUGUAUUGCAAAACUGGUGUUGGACUACAGAAGUGCAGACAUAGAACGGGGGUUUUGAUGCACAUAAAAUCUUCUUUACCAUUACUUACUUGCUUUGAGGUCAGAAGCAUAUAUUUUCGACUAAAUAUUCCGUUAUUCCAGCAACUCAAAGCAAAAGAUGGCAAUAGCAUGUGGCUGAAUUUGAAGAGGAAUUCUUGCACAUCUGCUCUUUGCCGUCCGGUGGCACACUGGGACCUGAUUGCUUCAAGUCUCUUUUUAACAGGAUUGAACCUGUGGAACUGUGAAGCACCCAAGUCAUCAGAUGGGUUACAUUAGGUUGAUUUUGAUCUCUGCUAGCAAAGCAAGUAAAUAUCCUUUUAUGCUAAGAGAAUGAUGAGUCAGAAAUACCGCUAGUGCGCCUUGUGAGACUGUUGAGUGUGUGGACCUAUUGGACGUGCAUUAUAAAACUAAAUUGAAACUGCAGUCUUGCAAGUCAAAUGCUGCUAAGAUUUCCAAUUGCUUAUGUCACUUCUUUGCUACCAAGAUGAGUUAUAAAUAGAAUGGGGACAAACUCAUGUAGUCAGCUUAUGACUACAUUAUAGAUAUCUUGGCAUAAUCUGUUUUUUAAUGUCCUUUUUGAGAAGAAAAUAACAACAAUAAGCCCAACUCAAACCCAUAGACUUAACAUAGCUACUCUGUUACACUGGUACAGUAUAUGCUGUUAAAUAUUAAAUGCUCACCUGCCAGAACAAUUCUGAUAGCAUCCAACCUUUCUUAGUAUCUUAGUUCUAUCAGAUGUUUGAAAAAUUAACAGAAUGGAAGAAGCAAAAGCUCACAUCUCCUUUCUGUACCAACAUGUCUUACUUGCAGGUGGACUUGUGAUGUUUUUUUAACUUUUAUUGUUCAAUUUUUUAAAAAAUUCCUGGUUUGCAAUGACAAUUCUUACUGUAACUGUUAAAAGCCUUCAAAUAAAGGCCAAAAACUUA